UUGUGAUGUUCUAUUCGACUCAACCUUUUCUCCCGACACAUGCGCCCCACUUCUAUCCCAUAUCGGCCUUCAUUGCAACACUUUCCGCCUCUCCGCCUUCUCUUUCGCCAUGUUUGACGACAACCCCAUUCCCCCCCUAGCCACCUUCAUGUUUGCUUAAGGAAGCUGGCUUUCGUCCCCUCCCUUCUCAGGUUGUAAUGUGAUGGCUGAUUGCGGACAAUGGGGUUUUUGGAGAGCGUCCAAUGAAGCCAAGGUCAGUGCACAGCGCCCUGAGAGUUUUUUUCUUGUUUGAUAGGCGCGCACUCUUUAGCAUUCAGCAUGCGCUAUUUGUCCAUACUUCUCCCGAGCUAAUCCCGGCCAGAAGCACGGCUUCGUGUGGUGUCCUUUUGGCUUGAGCUCUGUGCCUGAAGGCAACCGUCCGGAUGGUCCUGAGUGGAACACUUCCUUAUGUGCGCUUUGAUUUGCCGAAGCAGCUUCUGUUCAUGGCAAGGUUGAUCACCAACUUCUCAGAUUCGGCCUUGUUUCAGACAUAAAUGUUCUUCACACUUAUGGAGGCCUGAUGUAUGUGGUUAAAAUCACCAUUUGUGUAGUGCCAUUUUACGUUCGUUAAAGAUUCUUGCACAUUUCAGUCGGCCUUGCUUGAAUUGCACUCUUGAUUACAGCGGACUCUCUGAUGAUGGAGGAACCAAACAAACCAGUCAAACACUCUCAGGGAGACCUGUGUCAUCGAAACGGAGUGCAAAAUCUGAAGAUGCCCAACUCACAGCAUUGUACUGAAGAGGAAGCACAGUCAGCGGGGAGCUUCGUAUAGCGCAGUGCAGACCUCGCAGGGUGAAUGCUCAAAGCAAUUAUCAGUUUUGCUUUGGGCUUGGGUGCCAGGGCUGGUGGCUCGGUAAAAGCCAGCAUCACUCCAACGUAUAUAAGUAGGUUCACCUUCAGAACUGACGUGGAAGACAUCAAGAAAAAUUCAUUGGAGCCUCCGCACAUGUAUAAGUGUGUCACAACCUUGCCAUUCAGUGCAGGCAAUGGAGCUGGCAAAUCCACACUUCUCUCCAUCAUGGGUGGCAAGAAGAUGGUCCCAAGAAAUGAUUGCAAGAUCUUGGGCAAACCCGUGUUCCAUGAUUCUACAUUGAACUCGGACCGGAUGUACUGUGGUGAUUGGUGGCGCACUGAUUUUUUCUUCAAUAUCACUGUCGCAGAGUUGAUUGGGGACAAGCUUCUUGAAACCCCUCGGGUUCAAGAACUUAUUGACAUCAUGCAAAUCAACACAUCAUGGCAUAUCAAUGCGAUCAGUGACGGCCAAAGACGCAGGUGUCAAUUGCUCGAGUGCCUAGCAGAAGAGAAGAAGGUCUACAUCCUUGACGAAAUCACCACGGACUUGGAUCUUUAUGCUCGUGAAGGGCUCCUUAGUUUUUUGCGGCGCGAAUCUGAAGAGAAGGGAGCGACAAUUUUCUACGCGACCCACAGUUUUGAUCACCUGGCUGAGUGGGCCACGCACCUGCUCUUUUUCUCAGCUGGAAAGGUGCAACGAUGCUGCCGGAUAUCUGACUUGCAUGAGUACCACCAGCUGGCCAAGAAUACCCGUUGUCCCUUGUACACCUUGAUGAAGCAAUGGAUUGUACAGAGUUAUGGCGAAACUGGAGCUGUGCAGCAGGAUGCAUCCUCGACUGGUCCACCUGUGGAAGCAGUCGACGGGCCCGUCCUGGAAAGUAAGAACCUCACCUAUAGUUAUGCUGGCGGCACACCUCAACUGCAGAACGUGUCCUUCCACUUUAGCCGCGGUGCACGCAUUCUGGUGGUCGGGGCGAAUGGAGCUGGAAAGUCCACCUUGCUAUCGAUCUUGGGUGGAAAACGCAUGAUCCCAAGAGGUCAUGCAACCGUCAUGAGGAAGGAUUGCUUUAACGAUCCUGGAGUGUCACAGCACAUCAUGUAUUGUGGUGAUUGGUGGCGGACAACGUUUUUUAUGAACCUUUCCAUUGGAGCACUUCUUGGAGAUGUUGCGCAGACUGCGCGUUGCCAACACUUGGCGCAUGUCUUGCAGGUGGAUAUGCAGUGGAGGAUCAACGAAGUCUCGGAUGGGAUGAGGCGUCGGUGCCAACUUUUGGAGUGCUUGGCGACACCGCGCUCAGUCUAUUUGAUGGAUGAGAUCACCUCAGACUUAGAUUUGUUUGCUCGCGAAGGCAUCUUAAAUUUUCUCCGUGCAGAGACCGAAACAAGGGGAGCCACAAUAUUCUAUUGCACGCAUAUUUUUGAUCAUCUUGAAGGAUGGGCAAGCCACCUCCUGCACCUGUCGCAGGGUGAGGUGAUACGAUUCUGCCCAAUGAGCGAGGUUGAGGAGUAUAGCACUCUUUGCGAGGAGGGGAAUGCCACUCCAUUGUAUUCUUUGGUGAGAAGAUGGAUUUACAAGGAAUAUGAUGCCGGUGGUGGGGCGCAGCCUUGGCGAAAACUUGCAAAGACUGAGGACGGUCGCCUUCCAAACCUUGGACUGGCAGGCCCAUUUCAGAUGACAAGCGGCUGAGGCAGCUGAGGAAUUGAAUCCCUUGAAUCCUGUGCUGGCCAUUUUGAAAUUGGGCAGUUUCACCAUUGUUGCACACUUCAAGCUUCAAAAUGCUUCGGUAGUUAGUUUUUUUUUUGGAAUCGGGUCAUG